AUGGAUGCUGAAAAAGAAAUAACAAAAAAUAGAAAGAAAAAAAUGGUUUUGGUACAGGUUUCAUUUGCACUCAUAGCUAAUUUAAUAGCAAUUGCACCUGGUAUGAAUUUAGGAUUUUCUGCUGUUGCUUUACCCUCUCUCUUAAACCCCAAUUCAAGUUUUCAUGUCACUGAAGAAGAAGCAACAUGGAUUGCCAGCAUUGCUUCCAUAUCAACUCCUUUUGGUUGCAUAUUAACUGGAUCAAUAUUAGAACAAUUUGGAAGGAAAUCAACACUUUUAUUGGUUAAUUUUCCAUGCAUUUUAGGUUGGCUUUUGAUAGCUUUUGCACAAGGGGAUUACACAUUGAUAAUGAUUUAUGCAGGAAGAUUUUUCACAGGAUUAGCCACGGGUAUGUCAUCUGUACCUGUAACAGUUUUUUCAGCAGAAAUAUCUUCUGAUUCGUUACGUGGAAUGUUUAUAACAUGGACAUCUUCAUCCAUGGCUUUAGGAAUAUUAUUAAUAUAUAUAUUAGGUUAUUUAUUUCAAGAUAAUUGGAGGUUGAUGGCCGGUCUUAGUGCUAUAUUACCGUUCGUAUCGUUCAUAAUGAUAUUCGCAUUUUUAGUCGAAACACCCUCUUGGCUUUUAUCAAAGGGAAAAUUAGAAAAAGCCGAAAGGAAUUUUAAAAUAUUAAGAGGAGUAGCGAAAAAUUCAGAAAUGCCAACUGUCGUAUCAAACGAAUUUGAAAUAAUGUCAAAAAAAUAUAAAAUUGAUAACAAAGACAAUCAUAGUAACGAAAAGAAAAGUAUAUUGAAAUUGUUUUUCAGAAAGGGAGCCAUUAAACCAUUUAUUAUAAUGAAUUUAUUUUUCUUUUUCCAACAAUUUUCCGGGAUAUUCGUUGUUAUUUUUUACGCAGUACAAAUAGUUGUAGAAUCAGGAGUUUCAUGGGAUCCGUACCUCAUAACGAUUUUAAUAGGGAUUUGCAGGUUACUCGUCACCGUUUGCAUGGGUUACAUUUGUAAAAGAUACGGACGAAGACCACCGUCGAUAGUUUCCGGUGCUGGUAUGACGAUAUGCAUGGCAUGCCUUGCAACUUAUUUGUUUCUUUCCGACACUGGACAAAUAUCGGAGGAAUGGUCAGGUUUCGUCGAUUGGAUUCCAGCAGUCAGUUUGAUUUUGUUCAUAUUGACGAGCACGAUUGGAUUCCUAACGCUCCCGUGGGCAAUGAUUGGUGAAGUUUUCCCAUCGGACGUCCGUGGUUUCGCUGCUGGUCUCACCGUGUGUUUCGCUUAUAUAUUUAAUUUUAUCAUCGUAAAAGCUUAUUCGGACAUGAGAGAUGCUCUAUCAUCUUACGGUGUAUUUUUCUUUUACGGAGCUUUUUCCGUUUUCGGUACAAUAUUUGUUGUUUUAUUCUUACCGGAAACUCAGGGUAAAACACUUUUAGAAAUCGAAGAAUAUUUUAGUAGAAAGAAAAGUAAAAACGAUAAUCCGAGUUAG